AUGAAGUCUUCUUCGGAUGAUGAACAUGACGAAGAAAACGGAAAGUUAUUGGAGAAGAGCAAAGAGAGAGGUUCAAGAAAUGCAAGGGUUGUUAAAGUACAUAAUGAAGCCUUAUUAUCUGGACUUGCUUAUUGUCUUUCCUCUUGUGGCAUGAUUUUAGUUAACAAAAUUAUACUUUCUACUUAUGAUUUUAACGCUGGAAUUUCUUUGAUGGUUUAUCAGAAUUUCAUUUCAGUGAUUAUUGUUUCUGUGUUGAGCCUUUUGGGUUUAAUUUCAACUGAACCACUCACAUGGAGAUUGAUUAUAGUCUGGUUUCCUGUCAAUGUUAUAUUUGUUGGAAUGCUAAUUACAAGCAUGUUUAGUUUAAAAUACAUUAAUGUAGCUAUGGUGACAGUCUUGAAGAAUGUUACUAAUGUCAUAACCGCCGUUGGUGAAAUGUACUUGUUCAAGAAGCAGCAUGAAGGCAGAGUCUGGGCCGCUCUAUUUCUAAUGAUCAUUUCUGCAAUAACUGGAGGGAUUACUGAUCUCUCUUUCAAUGCAACUGGCUAUAUGUGGCAGACAUUAAACUGUUUCUUAACUGCAUCAUAUUCUCUGACCCUAAGAAGGGUCAUGGAUACGGCAAAGCAAUAUACUAAAUCUGGAAAUUUAAAUGAGUUUUCAAUGGUCUUGUUGAACAACACUCUUUCUUUGCCUUUGGGAAUUUUUCUGAUUCUUGUUUUCAGUGAGGUGGAUUAUCUCUUAAGCACGCCUCUUCUGAGAUUGCCUAGCUUUUGGCUAGUGGUGACAUUCAGUGGAAUUUUGGGCCUAGCAAUUAGCUUCACAUCGAUGUGGUUUCUUCAUCAGACAGGGGCUACAACUUACAGUCUUGUAGGUUCGCUGAAUAAGAUACCACUUUCGAUUGCUGGCAUUUUUCUGUUUAAAGUUCCUACUAGUUUGGAAAACUCUGCAAGCAUUUUAUUUGGUCUUUUGGCAGGAGUACUUUUUGCGAGAGCCAAAAUCCGCGAGAGAUCUCAAUCUUGA